CUCGAUAGUCGAUACGCACAAUACGUGGACAUUCGACUAGCCAGAGGCUAAAAACUCAGUCGGUAACACACUACAUCUGAUUCCGUGCCGAUUGUUCCCCCAUGUGCCGACUGUCGGCGGGAAUUUGACACAAUAAAAUGGCCGAUCUCAGCAAGGAACUCAACGAGUAUCUUCUCAGCAACAAAAAUGAAAAGCAAUAUAAAGUUACUAUUCCCUCGGUGGCGAUACCGAAAGCGAAUUUCGGAGCGUGGUUCAAAAAGGGCACCGAUGAAACAAUGGAAGACGCAGGAUGGAUUCAAAGAUCGCAAAGAGCGUGUUGUCCUGCUAUGACGAGGACACAAAGACUCAUUUCUUUUGCUGUUUGUUUUCUUCUGGGGCUAUUGUGCUUCUGUCUGUCAGCAGUCUACAUCCCUGUAUUGUUGCUCAAGGCAAGAAAAUUUGCUCUGCUUUAUUCCUUGGGGAGCCUUUUCUUUCUAAUGAGUUUUUGUUUCUUGUGGGGAGCGAGUUAUGUCAAAUCGUUAUUCAUGACUGAGAAGAGAUGCUUCACAGUUUUAUACUUUGUGACGUUAGCGGGAACACUCUAUUGCGCUCUACACCUGCAGUCGACACCUUUGACAGUAUUAUGUGCUAUUUUACAGUUGUUAGCUAUGUUAUCUUUCCUGAUAAGUCACAUACCAGGAGGUACGACUGGUCUUAUGUUCUUCACAAGAAUAUUUAAAUCAUCUGUAAAGUCAAGUCUACCUGUAUGAUACGAUUAUUGCUCUCGAGAUAUUUUAUUAAUGAUGGAAAUAAUAAUGAUAAUAAUAAUAUCAUUGUUUCAAUUUUUUAAGUAACAUGCAUGAGAGUCUAUAUUGUAAGAAACACGAAUGCGCGUUAAAUGAAUGAAAAUGUUUGUACAUUUAAUUACUAUUGUUAUUAGUCUUAAUACAUAAAAGACUGACUUAAAUCCCUAUUUUGAUACCUGAAAUCAGAUUAUUAUGUACACUAUUAAAUAUUAGUCUAGUGCAAGUGCAGAAAAACUAAUAAAUAUUUUUGUUACCA